ACAAGUUGUAGUUGUUGUAGUUAGCCUAGAGCUACCACUAAUAUAUUUUGUCAUGCUAACAGGUUAGAGAUCAUGGCGACGAGCGUUCGCUGGAGCAGAGGGCGACUGCUUCAAUCUGAAGUGGUUGAUGAAAUGCUUUUGCUCAUUAGCGAGUUAAUUCGGGAAGCCAACGAUCAGCAACAACAACCUGUUGCUCCUGGUUUCACCGUACCUCGAAUGGGAGGACAGACUGGAGGAAGGCCGGUUUACCAAAUCGCCCAAGAGCAGUUGCAGAUGUUGUUGUCCUUUAACUUCUCUGCUAAACAGAUUGCGGAGAUCUUGGGUGUCUCAAGAAGAACAGUGAACCGACGGUUACGGUGCUGCUAUUCGGAGUAUGUCCCCCAGCCUUCGGAGGAGAACAUAUCGAGUGGUUCAAUUUCGCUGUGGCAUCUUGAUGGCAACCACAAGCUCAGUAAGUGGAGGAUUGUAAUCCAUGGAGGAAUCGAUGGGUUCAGCCGACUGGUGGUUUUCCUGAAGGCUUCUAACAACAACAGAAGUGACAUUGUAAUGGACCUGUUUUCAGAAGCAGUCGCCCAGUUUGGUGUCCCAUCCAGAGUCAGAUGUGACUAUGGAGGGAAAAACAACGCCAUUUGUCUCUUCAUGGAUGUCUUCCGAGGAUCAACCCGAGGGAGCACUCAUAAUCAACGUAUUGAAAGACUGUGGGGCGAUGUCUGGAGAGGCGUGACCAAAAAAACGCAAGGUCCUACGUAG